AUGGACCCGCUGCGCCUGCUGCGCAAGUUCGCGAUGGAGCAGGACCUGCGGCGCGUGACGCGCCACGCGGGGAAGAUCGACUUCGGGGAUGACUACUCCUUCAGCGAGGACACGCCGGUGCCAUGGCGCAAGUCCGGCAAGCCCGGGGAGUUCUACUCCCUGCUGUGCGUCUACUACUUCCUGCAGAACCGGAAGGUGGCGCACACGGAAUAUAUGAAGCAGGCCACGAGCGCGCGGGUGCCAACGGUGACCAUCGUGGACCGAAGGGAGCUGGAGCAGUACCUGACGGGCAAGAUAGACAAUGCUGCAAGCAUUGCAUCAGUGGACGAGCUGCCAGUGCUGCGGCUGAGGAGCGCUGCAGCCGAGGCUGGGGAUGGGCCAACAGCGGACCCAAGCCUGGAGCCCAAGAGCAAGCGUCCCAGGGUGGCAGAUUCACGCCAGGAUGGGAUGCCUCAAGGAGCACCGCUGCCACCAGAGGCCUCAGCCCCAACGGAUGAGGGUCUGGGAAUUGACAAGAUAUUCGCACAAGAGAGGCAGCUGAGGGACAGGAACACCAUGCUG